AUGGAUCCUAUCAGACAGGCAUGGUUACUGUCCACACCUGUAGGAAUAGCUUCAGAAGCAACUUCGCUGGGACAGAACAUGACUGUGAACCCCGUUGCCUCCAUGCCUACAUUUGCUACCCUGCCUGUUCUCCCACCUGCGCCCCAACCAGCACCCCAGUUAUUCUGGGAGCCCCCAGCACCUCUCAUGACUGUAGGCAUCUCUCCCAGGAACCCUCUAGUGCUAUCUACCUUGCCUGGGAUGUCUUUGGUGGCAGAAGAUGGAAGCACUGCCCUGGGAACAGUGGUACCUCUGAACAUUGUACAAGUUGGGGCACCAGUCAGGCCUGUCCAGCCUGUGCACAAUGCCAAUAUUGUCCUCACUCAGGUGCCCCUCAACUGUAAUGUCCCUGGGGCCCAAGGUGGGAGUAUGGGGCACCCUGCUUCCCUCUUCAUGUCAACGCCUGCUGCAAACACCUUCAUAAAUACUCCAAUUGCUUCGGCUGUUCAGUCUCAAGAUGGAACGUGGGUCCUGGGUCCUCACCCUCCCACCACACAGCCAGUUGUCCAGCUGGUUUCUGUCAGGUCCCCAGUGAACUCAGCACCACCUCCAAAAGGAGCAUAUGGGCAGAGUGGCCCAGCCAACGUCCAAUCCAACUCCCCAGAAUACUUGUCCAAACCAGACAGUGUCUAUGGGAACUUCCGGCGCUGGCAGCUUCUCAAGACUCUGGUGCAACGGCACCUGUCCCAGACUCCUGACGUGGCGGCUUUCUCCUGCUUCCUCAUUCCGGUGCUUCGGUCCCUGGCCCGGAGAAAGCCCACCAUGACUGUGGAGGAGGGCCUGUGGAGGGGUCUGCAGGAAUGGCAGUGUACAAGCAACUAUGACCGGAUGAUCUUCUUUGAGAUGGCCGAAAAGUUCUCAGAAUUCGAGAGUGCAGAAGAGAUGGAGAAUGCAAGGCUGGAGAUGGAGGCCUCAAGGCUGGAAAUAAUGAGAAAUGUCCAGUGUCAAUUUCUUACAACCACAGCAAGGCAAGAUCCACCAAGGCCAUCAGCUCCCGAGGUGGUUGAGGAACCAGUGUGCAGCUCCAUGAAGACUGUCCCCAGAGCUGACCCGGUCCAUCUCCCAGGACCCAGAGACAGGCAAUUAAGCAAGACCGAGGCACCCGUAGAAAUUCCACCUGAGGCAGUGCAGGAGUACAUGGACAUCAUGGACUGGCUGGAGAGGCUCCCACAGCCGCUCACGAGAGAGCCCAUUGAAAAGGAGGAGGAGGAGAGCAGUGGGCCAGAGCAGAAGGAUGACUUGCACUCAGAUGCAGGACUCCUGAGCUACAUUGACGAGCUAUGUUCCCAGAAACACUUCGUUGAGCAAGUGGAGGCCAUAAUAAACCCCCAAUUUGUGGCAGAAAUCCUAUCCUCCAAACCAGAGAUGGACAUACUGGCUCUCAUGAAGGUGCUGGAGUAUGAGGAAGAGGUCACUGUUAAGCAGCUGCUGGAGACUUUGAAGAAGAAAGGCUGGAAGGCGACACCUCUGAACCAAGAUGCCUCUCAGAUACUUGCCAAUGCUUCUGAACUGUCUGUCAGCCAAGGUGCAGAGAAAGAUGGCCAUGGUACCCAAAGAGAGGCCAGUGCACAAAAAGAUUCCUCACAAAUGGCUUUCUUAGACCAACAGUGUCCUGAAGACACCAAUGCAAAAAUAUGGGGGCCUAGGCCUUCCGUCCUCCCAGGUAGCCAAUGUUUACCCUCACCGGUAGACAUCAGAUCCACCGUUACUACCUGUGAUAAAGAUGCCUACCCCCAAAGCCCAGGGUCCAGAAGUGGAGUGAACCUCAGAGAAGUUCCUGCCACUGAGGAGCUCCAUGAGUCCCUGGGCAGAACCACCGAUGACAAAGAAGAGCUCCACAGUCUGUCCUUCCUCCUCUGCUCCCAGUACAACCUGGUGCCAUGGAAACUGGCUAGCCACUUGUUCCCCUAUGCAGAUUUCUCUGACUCGGACAGUAUCCCCGAACCCUCAUCUCCAAAGAUAAGGGGCUUCAGCCCAGAUCCAUCUCUAAUUGCCAAGUCAAAGAAGCGAGCUCUCAUUGGAGGCUUGACUCCCAUGGCUAAAAGAUCCGACCCAGGGCCUGGUCACGGGGUGUUUGAAGGGGCACUCUCAGCCCUCGAGCUAGCUCAACCAUUGCAGGCUCAGAAGAGGAAGCACGAGUCACUAGGCACCCGGAAGAGGAAGAGGAAGAACCGGCACUGA